CCGGGGGCGGGAUUAGAACCGACUGGGCUGGGUUGGGACUGGGAAAUAAAUGCUCUUUGCUGAGCUGACCCAGCUUUGGGAGCUGUGCUUGUGCUUGCGGGAAAUUCCUGAGCCAUCCUGUUCUGCUUCGGAGGGACUGUAAAUCAGGAAUUCAUUUACCAAAAUGUGGCGGUUCUUGGCCACUCUGUGCAGUCUGGUUGUACUGACCAGUGCUCGGAGUACAAUGUCCUUCCCUCCUCUUUCAGAUGAAAUGGUCAACUAUGUCAACAAGCUCAAUACUACAUGGAAGGCUGGGCAUAACUUCCGUAAUGUGGACAUGAGCUACGUCAAGAAACUCUGUGGUACCGUCAUGGGUGGAGCCAAGCAACUACCUCAGAGAGUGAUGUUGGCCGAUGAUGACAUGAAACUACCGGAAAACUUUGAUGCACGGGAACAGUGGCCAAAGUGCCCCACCAUCAAGGAAAUUCGAGACCAGGGCUCCUGCGGCUCUUGUUGGGCAUUUGGAGCUGUGGAAGCCAUUUCUGACAGGAUCUGUGUGCACACUAAUGGCUAUAUAACUAUAGAAGUGUCUGCUGAAGAUCUGCUUAGCUGCUGUGGAUUACAGUGUGGGGAAGGAUGUAAUGGUGGCUUUCCUGCGGGAGCUUGGAAGUAUUGGAUCAAGAAAGGCCUUGUAUCUGGUGGCCUCUAUGAUUCCCAUGUGGGCUGCCGACCUUACUCCAUUCCUCCCUGUGAGCACCAUGUGAAUGGUUCCCGCCCUGCUUGUACUGGAGAGGGAGGAGAUACCCCUAAAUGCAACAAGAAGUGUGAAGCAGGGUAUUCUCCUGACUACAAAGAUGACAAACACUAUGGAACAACUGCCUACAAUGUACCUUCAAGUGAGAAGGAGAUCAUGGCUGAGAUCUACAAGAAUGGCCCUGUAGAGGGAGCUUUUAUCGUGUACGCUGACUUCCUUCAGUACAAGUCUGGAGUAUACCAGCAUGUGACUGGAGACAUGCUUGGAGGCCAUGCCAUUCGUGUCCUAGGCUGGGGUGUGGAAGAUGGUGUUCCUUACUGGCUGGCUGCCAACUCCUGGAACACAGAUUGGGGUGAUAAUGGUUUCUUUAAAAUCCUUCGUGGAAAGGAUCAUUGUGGAAUAGAAUCUGAAAUGGUGGCUGGAAUUCCCCGAACAGAGCAAUAUUGGAAGAAGAUCUAAUCUGCUAUUUGCCCAAUUUGAUUUUUUUAAAAAGAAAGAAAACUUGAAAAUGGGAGUAAGGUGAAUGGGGGGGGGAAAAAGGAAUAUUUUUAAAAGACUUUGGAACUACAGACAUGCUCUAUUAUUCACAUUUCCUUUAAACAGGAAGGUUGAGAUUUUAGACAAAUUGGACCUUAAUUUGGUUGAGCCAAAUUCUUGUGGAGUCUUCCAGCUCCAUCCAUAACAUAGGUACAUACUUCUUGGUCUGACUCCACCUAAUGAUGCAUGCCAUUUCAAGUUUUAAGUAAUUCUGUGAAUAGCACAUAACACUGCUGGUAAAUAGGCUGUGUACUAGAUGCUUUCUUUUAAAGUUUGUUUCCAUGAAUGUCUCCCAAUUCCCAGUUGUCAUGGCUUCUGCAAUUCCUUCCCCCUCCCCUCCAACAACCACCUAUCUUUUAGGAGUCUGAAAUAGCCAGGAACCAACAAACCAACAAUGAUUCAAGGGAAAGGUGUUUUUUUGUUUUUUUAAGUUUUAUCCCACAGGAGUGAGGGUUUAAAAAAAAAAUUUUUUUUUUUUUUUUAAAGUCUUGAGCAGGAAGGAGGUAGAUAUUCUCAGAAAUCAAUUUGACUCCCACAUAAUUUUGUUGGGGGCAAGGCCCUCGAGGCUUUAGCAUCUUAAUCUGUCCCAAUUCUCACUACCUAACAAUCCCAUAUUAUGCUUACUUGUCCUUAGACCACUUUUAGUACCAGUCAACCUGAACCAAUCAAGCUUUGCAGUUUUGCGAAGAGAUACCAAUAAAUAUAUAAAUCAUCUCUAUUUUUGUUAGUAUACCUUGGUUGAUCAUGCAAAUAAGAGUUGCCAGGAUCACUUGUACUCAAGUCUGUAGGCUCAAGUCUGAGCCUAUGGAAAAGCAAGCUGAAUGGGUAAUCUCUCCACCCCAAAGGCAAUAAUUCCCUCUGCUGAUGUCUCUGGACUGUUAAAGAACAGUACUGUUCUUUAACCUCUAAAGUAAUUUAACCAUAAUAUUGGUUUUUAGUGACUGAAGUGAAACCCAGAACCCUUGUGCCAAUAAAAGAUUUCUCUUACGGUU